AUGAAGAGAAGAGCGAGAUCUUGUUUGCUGAUGAUGGGCGUAAAGAUGAGCCAGACUCAAGCGAUGAUAAAGAUGACCAUCUCGAGGAUAAGCUUAUCACUUCUCUCAACAAGUUUGGUGCACAGCAGUACAUAUGCUACUUUUAUCAACUAGUGUAAAUGGCAGAAACACCAGGACCAGGUCCAAAAUCCCUACAGGUCCAUUUGUCAUUCUUUUGAAGCCGAAUUUUGACUGGCUGGAGGCAACACGGAAAUGUCGUGCAUGGACCGCACGGUUCAUCCCUGACUCUGCAAAAGUGAGCACAGGUGCAGACGGGAGUGUCGGAGGACUUGGAACGCGCGACACCAUCAACUCUGACUCCCAGCUGUCAGGUAUCCAGUUCGGCAAUAAAGAAGUCAAAUUCUAUGCGAGCACUGUGGCAACGCGACGAAGAGAGAAAUAUGACGGUAGAAGAGCAUGCUCUUGUGAAAGAGACAGAAGACAAAUAAGCCCUUCGUGCGCUGCUGGCUGGGGAUAUGGACUCGGUGCCCCAGAUUGAUUCCAUUCCCGUUCCUCCCAGAGAAAUUGACGCCCUCAAGUAAGACGUUGCUAAUUUUCUGGAUGUUUCUACUAUCGAUGAGUAUGC